AUGACCCAGAGACACCCUGUUAGGCUUCUGUUUUUUGUCAGUUUGGCAUUACACAUCAUCCACUUGGAAGACAACAGUUAUCAAGGAGAGAAACAUAAGGGUAACAGAGAAGAAAUCAACAAUGCUACAGCACAGAAGCUCCAGCAGAAAACACUCAACUGGAUGCUGAAUAAUUUUGGAGAGGGGAAUGGAAGCAUGGAUGGCUGGCGGCCCCAGGAUUCAAGUCCCUACCUCAGGGCUUUCCAAGGUGGCGCGCCCCCGCCGCUGCGCUGCGGCAGGAAUGGCGGCACCUGCGUACUGGGCAGCUUCUGCGUAUGCCCCGCCCACUUCACCGGCCGUUAUUGCGAGCACGACCAAGAGGCAGAGGUGGCGCGCCUGCGGGAGCGGGCUGAGAGUUGGGACGGGGGGGAGAAGGGGCGCUUGAACCUUGUGGAGGGGAUGCGGGCGCGGCGGGGGGCGCCGGGGUAG